AUGCCUGCGCAAACCGUGGCAAAGGAGACCCCACCUGUCACGCCGGUCCAUAAAGUUGACUGUGCAAUACGAUUGUGCUCAAGCGCCGUCUUUGUAGCAUGGAUCUCGUGAAGUGCUCUGGUAGUAUGAUCGAAAGGCUCCAGUGUGCCCAGCUGUCAAGCGAUGUGAACCGCAAUGUGCGCUCGCUAGCCUGGCUUAGACUCUAGAAACCGCCAAGCUCUAUGGCAUCACCACGCUCUGGAAUGGCUUCUCCAAGCGAGGCGGGCAGCAACGUGGCCAGCGUGGGGUCGGGCACGGCCUUGGUGGCGUCCCCUGCUCGCCUGGAUGACGAGCCCGGAAGCUCGCGUUCCGAGGAGCCGUCUUUGGGGCUACCCAGGUCCACGUCAGAUCUGCCUGAAGCUGCGACCCGCACGCGCGAAGCCGGCGCCAGGUUGAUGAGUGAGGCCUCCAGCUCGCACGCCGCGGGGGCUACCUACCCACCCAGCCAAGCCGCGCAGGAACUUGCAGCAGCAGCCGCACAUUGGCCGCCGAGCGGAGGCCUUCGACCUGUGGAAACGGACCUGCACUUUGGCCCGCACACCAUUUCUGUGAUCGGGCCGCCGAACCGGCACCAUCAGCUUGAGGUGUUCGCCGACGGCACAGUACUCACCGUGUCGCGGCCGGUGGCCGUCGCCCCUCCCACCGCGUCAGCCGACGCCUCGCCACACUCCCCCUACCAACAGCCCCUUUACCCGCCGCCUCAGCAGCCAUACCAGCAGCAGCACGAGCCACAUCAGCAGCCUGCCGCGGCGACGGAGCCGGCAAGCCUUCAGGGCGCGUAUCUCAGGAGGCUGGGGCAGGCUGAGCUCGACAGCACGGCCGCAGCACAAGGAGCCGCAGCACAGGGGCUGCAUAUGCAGCCGCCCCAGGUCGAAAGCACCCUGGAAACGCAGCUCAGCUUCUCGCCAUUCACGGCGAGGCCGACAGGCGGCGGCCCCGCUGCCUCAGCCUCCGGCUCCGCAAACCCUGGAGCGGCCAGCACCCCCGCUCCUGGCCCCGUCCCCAGCCGUGGACCUGGUAGCAGGGAGGGCGACAGCCCCGCUCUCUUCGGCUUCAACGCCACCCCUCCUCCAGCCUACGCACCGCGCUACGGCGCCGGUCAAGGCAGCACGGCGGCGGCGACUCCCGUGGCCAUGGCUGCCGCCGCCGCUGCCGCCAUGGCCUCGCCGUACGGUGGCGUGGUUGCCGGCACGCCAUACGGGGCCAUGGCCACACCCGCGCCCGGCCCCGUGUACCAGUCUCCGCUCGGCACUGAUCCGUACUCUCCGCUCGCUGGGCCUUGGCCGGCAGCACAGCAGCAGCAACAACAGCAGCAGGGACUACAGGGGCUACAGGGACAGCAGGGGCAGGGGCGACAGCCGUCCCCAAGCCGGCAGCAGCCGCAGCGGCAGGGGGCCUUCGUGGAUCCCUCGCCGCAGCCUCGUGGUCAGGGCCUUGGGCCUGGAAGCCCUGGGCCGGCGCAGCGCUCUUCGGGCAGCUUUGGAUACGGAUACCAAGAAGCCACCGAUGCUGCGCCGAGGGCCGCCGGAGGUGGUAUGGACUAUAUUACGCCUCUCCGACAACAGCAACCGCCAGGAGCAUCGGGAACGGUCACAUUCACGCCGCUGCCAUCGCCGGCCCUGUUUCAGCAGCAGCAGCAGCAGCAGCAGCAGCAGCAGCAGCAGCGACUGGCGCAGUCACCCCAGGCGGCGCUGUUUGGCGAGGCCGCUGGCCGAGAGGGUCCUUUGGCGGCCGUGUCGCCCCGCACGGACGCCACCGGCGUGUCGCUGGCGCCAGCGGAGCUGCGGAAUAAGUACAAGCGCACAAAGAAGCUGCUGCAGGAGUCCGUGCGCGAGAUCGAUACGCUCAAGUCGCGGCUCACCUCGGAGGGCCGCCGGGCGGGCGUGCUGGGCGCACAGGUGUCGGCACUCCAGGGCCAGGCCGGCAUGGCUGGGGACAGCGUUGCGCUGCUGGCUGCCACCCAGGCCGAGAAGAUGGUGGCUGUGCAGAAGCUGCGAGAGGCGCGGGAGCAGUCGGAGGCGCUGCAAGCGCAGCUAGCAACCGCGCAGGCGGCGGUGCGGGCGCUGGAACAGCAGCAGGCGGGUAUGCUGAACGAGUUUGCGGCGGAGCGACAGCGCCGGGAGGCGCAGUGGGUGGAGGAGCGCCAGCGGCUCGAGGCGCUCCGGGCGGAGGACGCGGCGCAGCGGCAGGCGCUGCUGGCGGCCUUCCACGCCGACCGCGAGGGCUGGGAGGCGGCGGCGGCGGAGCAGCGGCGCGGGCUGCAGGCGCACUACGAACAGCAGCUGGCGGCCGCUCGGGCUGAGGCCUCCGCCGUCACCCAGCAGCAGCGGGACGCCUCGGCGGCGGUGCAGGCGGCGGCCACGGCUGAGGCCGACGCCAGGGCGGUGCUGGAGGAGGAGCGGCGGCGCAGUGCCGCACUGGCGGAGUCCGUCCAGGAUCUGAAGGCCAAGCUCGCCGACUCGGAGGCGGCUUGCUCCAGGGCGCAGUCGGACGCGGCGACGCAGGCUGACACAAUCCAGGGGCUCGAACGUCGGCUGCAGGAGCGCGGCGCACAGCUGCAGCAGGUGCAGGAGGCGCUGGCGGCUGCGGAGCGGGAGGCGGCGGGUCUGAAGCAGGCGGCGGCCCAGCACGAUCGCCAGAUCCAAGAGCUCCAAGCUGCACUUCACGACAAGCAACAUGCUUCCGCGCAGCUGGCGGCUGAGAGCAGCGCCCGGCUGUCCUCUCUGGAGGGCGAGCUGCUGGAGGCGCGGCGGCGGGAGCGGCAGCAGCCGGCGGAGGUGGCAGCGUUCAUGCAGCAGCUGAGAGAGCAGCACGAACGGGAGCUGUCGCAGGUCCACAGUGUGGUCCAGCAGCAGAUGCUGGAGGCCCAGAGCGCCGCCAGUGUGGCCACCGAGGCCAUGACCGGGGAGAUGGAGGCGCAGCUGGAGGUGACUCGCAGGGAGAUUGAGCGGGUCAUGGGAUUGCUGGAGAGCCGCGGCAGCGAGGUGUCCUCGCUGCGGGGCUCGCUGGAGCAUGCCUCGUUGGAGCGGGAGAAGCUGGUGGUGCACGCCCGCGAGCUGCAGGAGGUGGUGGUCAAGGUGCAGCAGCGCAUGGAGCGGCAGGACCGCAAGCACGUGCGCGCACUGGAGCGGGCGGCCAAGCAGCGCGAGGGCGCGGUGGCGGCGCUCAAGGCCGAGCUGGAGGGGCUGCGGGCCAGCGUGCCGGGCCGCGUGGAGAAGGCGCUGCAAACCUACUCCAAGCAACUGGCGGCGGCGCAACAUGCCGCGGUCGCUGCCGCCGAGGCGCGCGCCGCCGCCACAGCUUCAUCCGUAUUGGCGGCGGAGCGCGCCAAAGCCGAGUCCGCGCUGCGCGCAGCCGCCGAGGCGGAGCAGCAGCUUCGUGCAAAGCUAGCCGCAGGCGAGGCGCAUGCGGAGAAACAGCGCGCAGCGCUGGAGGUGCGUGCGGCGGAGGCGGAGGCCGCGCUAGCGGGGCUGCGCAAGCGCUGUGAGCAGCUGGAGGCGGCGGCGAUGGAGGCCGGCGAGGGCGCGAGGACGCUCAAGGCGCAGCUCGCAGAGGCGCUUGAGGCGAGGUCUGUGGCGCUGGCUCAGGCCAAGAAGGCUGAGGAGGAGGGCAGUGGUGCGGUGGAGGCGGCGCGGGUGAAAGCGGGCGCGGCGGUGGAAGCGGCGGAGGCGGCGCGCGCGGGCGUGGAGCAGCAGCUGCGUGGCGUGUACGGCGUGUUGGCUCAGCUGGGGCUGUCGCCGCAGGUGCUGGAGGCGCUCUCAGCGGCCGGCAGCCUUGCGGGCAGCGGAGCAGUUGCAGCCCACCCCCACGGCAGCGCCCACGCAUACAACCCGUUCGGCGCAGCCGCGCCCUUCGCCCCUGCUGCAGUGGCGCCGCUGCCUUUCCCAAGCCCGCUAUUCCCGCAGGCGCAGCAGCAGCAGCAGCAGGCGCCCGGGCUGCUCCCCGCUAUGCUCGCGGGGCUGAGGGUCCAGUUGACAGCAGCGCUUGGCGGCGCCGCUGCCGGCACCGCGCCAACAGCCACUGUCGCGGCGCCGGCCGCGGCCGCUGCCCCGCCCCAGCCGGCGGCGCCGGCAGCUCCAGCCGAGCCGACGGCAGAGGUCGAGCAGCUGCGGCGCCGGCUGCAGUCGGCGCGCGUCGCCGCUGCCAAGUACCAGCGAAAGAUGCUGGCUGUGGCGGGCGCGGCGCGGGCGACGCGGCGUGAUGCCGCCAAGGCACUCACAGAAGCGGCGCAGGGCGGCAGACGGCAUGGCCAUAGGUAUAGCCGCAGCCACAGCCGGCACCGGGGUCCCAGCGGUGAUUGGAGCCGCAGCCGCGCGCGACGGAGCUCAAGCUCCCGGGCCGCGCCGCGGGCUGCAGCGGACAGCUGGGAUCACGGCCUGGACUAUGGGCUGGACUUGGAUCCAGACCUGGGCGUGGACUUGGAACUCGAUAUGGAGUUGGAUUCGGAUCUGGGCCUGCGUGCGGGCUCGGACCAGUCGCCGUGGCGGCGUGGCGGCGGUGGUGGCGGCGACAGGCGGCGCGCCUCGUCAACUGCCAACCGCCGCAGGCGCGAUCCGGACGAGGAGCACUGGCCAGGCUUGCUUGGCGUGCGGUCAACGUCGCUAAACGACGACGAUGGCAGUGGGCGGCGCCGCCGCAGUAGCAGCCAGCAGCGGAGGCGGCAACCGCAUCACUCGCACCGGUCCAAGUCGCAGCGGCGGCGGUCCUACUCCGCCGAUGACCGCGGCGGCAGCAGCCCGGGCAGCAGCGGCAGUAACAGCGGUGGCUAUGACAGUGGCAGCGGCGGUGCACAUGAUGACGGCCUCAGGAGCCGCAGCUCAAGCCGCAGCCGCCGGCACCGCAGUGCUUCUCGCCCUUCCCGCCGCCACCGCUCCAGCGACAGCAGCCGCAGCCGAAGCCGCAGCGCCGGCCGCGAUCACAGCCGCGGCCCCGGCCGCGGUGGUGGCGCGGCCGCCGCCUCCCGGGCCGCGGUGGCGGCGCUGCGGCUUCGGCUGCGGCAGCUGCAGUUGGAGGUGCAGGCGGUGCGGGGCCGCGAGUCGAGGUGGCUGGAGGCGGUGCGGAGGGCGGAUUCGGUUGUCCUGCUGCUGCACGGCACCGCAUCGCGCGCGCAGCUGCUGCUGGCGGGUGCGCCGCGGCCGCAGGACCAGCAGCUGGCGGAGGAGCUGUCACGGGCGCUGUCACGCGCCUCCCGCCACCGCCAAUACGUUGCUCACCUGGAGGCGCAGGGCGGGGCGCAGCAGCCGGUGGCAGCAGUGCCGCAGCACCAGCAACACCUGCCCACCGCGCUUCGGGACCCGGCUGCAGCCGGGGCCACCGGCACAGGGAGGGGGGCGGCUGGGGCGCUGGGAGGGUCAGUGGCAGCUGGCGGCAGCGCCGGCGCCGGGCCCACAGUGGGCGGCGGCUGGCUACAGUCGCCCAUUGAGGAGCUGGAGCGACAGGCGGUGGACGCGAGGGCCGCGGCUGAGGCGUUCUCGGUCCAGGCCACGGCAGCACGCGAGGAGGCGGCGGAGGCGCGCGCCGCCGUCGAGGACAUGCGGCGACGGCUGCUGGAGGCGGCGGAAGCGCACGAGGCAGAACUGGCGGCGGCUCGGGCGGCGGCGGAGGCGGCCAUGGUGCAGGCAUCGCAGUUAGCGUCCGAGCUUGAGGAGGCGGGCCGGCAGCAGCAGCGGCUGCAGCAGGAGGCGGCCGGCGCGCGGCGGCAGCUGCGCAGCUACAGCCAGGCAGUACGGCAGCUGAUGGGCGAUGUACGGCAGGAGGUGGAUCUAGCGGACCUGCCCGCACUGGCACACCAGGUCGUGUCCUCCACGGAGCGCGCCUUCGGACUGUGGACCCUGCGCGAGCACGACCACAUCCAGGCCACGCGGCGCCUGGUGUCGGGCCUGCGUCAGGAGGCGGCCGAGUGUCGACAGCUGCUGGCGACCCUGGCGGCGAUGCAGGCGGAGGCGGCGGGCCAGGCGGCGGCACGGGGCGUGGUGGCGGGGCAGGAGCUAGCGCGGCAGCUGGAGCAAGGCCGGCUGCAAGCCGAGGCGGCGGCGCAGCAGGCGGCCGCGGCGGAGCUGCAGCUGCAGCGCCGGUGCGACUCCCUGCUGGAGCAGGUCCGCCAGCUGACGGAGCAGACGCAGCGACUGCAGGACAGGGCCGAGCAGCUGCAGGCCGACAAGGAACAGGCGACCACUGCGUUGGCGGAGGCCCGGGUCCGACUGGAGGAGGCGACGCAGGCCCUGGCCCAGGAGCGGGAGGAGCGCACAUCCCUGGAGGGGCGGGUGAAGGCGGUGGUGGCGCAGGCGGUGCGUGUGGCGGAGAGCCAGCGGGACGCUGCGCAGGCGGCGGCGGUGGCGGCGGCAGAGCGGGCGCUGAAGGAGGCGCAGCAGCGGGAUGCGGAAGCGGACAAGCAACGCACGGAGUGGGAGGAGAGGCUCCGCAAGGAGCGGCAGGCGGGCUCAGCAAAGUUGCGGAAGCAGCGCGAUAGCCACGAGUCCGAGCUGGCGCGGCUGCGGGAGGCGCAGCAGGCGGCGCUGACGGCGGCACACGAGGCGGCGGCGGCGGCGGCGCAGCAGGCGGCAGCGGAGGCCACGGCGCUUCAGACACAGCUGCAGCGGCACCAACAGCAGCAACACAACAUGGAGCUUCAAAUGGACGGCAUGCGCGCGGUGUUGCUGGAUUGGGAGGAGCGCUUGGCGGAGGCGGGGGCUCAGGCCGCCGCGGCACAGCAGGCCGCGACAGAGGCGCAGGCGACUGCGGCGGAGGCGGUGCGGGAGGCGGAACGCGCAGCACGGCUGGAGGCGCAGGCAUCUGCAGCGGCGGCGGCACGCAGCGCCGAGGCGGCGAAGGCCUCCGAGCGCGCACUUCGGGCGGAGGCGCGCGCGGCGGCGGCUGAUGUGGCGGCCGCGGCGGCAACGGCGGCGGAGCAGCAGCUGCAGCAGCGGGCAGAGACGGCGGUGGCGGCUGCGGAUGCCAAGAAGCGGGAGGCGGAGGCGGCGGUGGAGCAGGCCAGCGGUCAAAUGACGGAGCUACAGGCAGAGCUACAGACUGCGCGGGCGCAACUGGCGGCGGCACGCGCCGUCGCCGUCUCGUUUGAAACCCAUCUGGCUUCAGAGCAUGCGGAGGCAGACCGGCUACGGGCCGCGUUGCGGGCGGCGCAGGCGCGUGUGUACCAGCUGCAGGAGGCCGCAGCUCUGGGCAGGCUGUCCCGAGGGGCUGCGGAAGCUGCGGCAGCGCCGUUGCCGCUUCCGGCCUCAGUACCCGCUACCGUAGCGGUGGCGGCGGGGCCAGAUGUGCACGUGGUGUCGACGGGAGACGGUGCUGUGACUGUGGGCUUGAGAGCCGGAAGCCUGGAGGCCGCGGCGGAUGGCGUCGGGUCCGCACAGCAGAAGCAGAAGCAGCAGAAAUCAGUAGCAUUUCAGCUCCAGGCACGGGCUCCACCCACCUUGCCCGCCACCGGUGGCACAGGCUCCCGCCAUGGCCCGCCCGGCCACGCCGCCGCGGCGGCUAGCUCACUGGAGGUGGCUGUAGCAGAGGCGCUGUCGCCGCUGGACGUGCUACUGCCGCCGCCGUCCAAGCCGCUGCCACAGCCCCAGCUACAGCCACCGCAGCAGCCGCAGGUGCACUCUCAGCACGAGCUGCAUCAGCCACCGGAGUCGGCUGCAACAGUAGCGGUUGCUCCAGCCGCCCAGGCUGCUCUGCAGCCUGCAAUGGAGGUGGAGACGGGUCCCGAGGCCGCACCUGCACCACACGCCGAGCUUCAGGCCCUCCUGACUGAGGUGGAGCGCCACUGCGCCCGGCUGCCCGCCAUCAACAGCCUGCUGGACUCCCUGUCACUGCCGCCAGCAGUAGCAGCAGCAGUAGCAGCAGCAGCAGCAGAGACGACGGAUUCCAGCUACAGCCACACACAGCAGAGGGUGCAAGGACGAGGCGCGAUGGCCGCUGACGCUGGCUGUGAUGCUGUUGGUGACAGCGGUGGGGAUGGCAGUGGCAGUUGGAGUGUCGGCUUGCUUGCAGACCCCCAGACGGCUGAGGCGCUGACGACUCUGGCGCAGAUGGUGGCAGGGGUGUUGGGGCAGGUGGUGGCGCUGGAGGCGGCGGCAGCGGCACAAGCAGCGGCGGCAGCAGCGGCUGUGUCUGGCGCCGGCACCUCUUCGCCCUCGGCUGUGCCCCGAGCGGCACCAGCGGCAGCUGCUGCUACUGCGCCAGAUGGGGCAGGUGUCACGCCAGAAGGGGCAGGUGCGGGGGCGGAGGUGACAGCGGUCGCUGCGGUGGCGCGGGCGCUGCGCGGCCACCGGCGGCAGCUGGAGGACACAGCGGCCCGGAUACGGGCGGCUCAGGAGCGGGUGGCGGCAGAGGAGGCGGGUGUCUUGGAGGCGGCGUACGUGCGCACGGCACCGGAGCAAACGGCAACGGCAGAGGAGGCGGGUUCAGGACCCCGGGCAGAGGAGGCCCCCCGGGGCCGGCAGCAGCAGUGGCACCAGCAGCAGCAGCCGCAGGAGGAGUCUGCUGGCGAGGCAACUAUGCGGGCCGCAGGGACGGCCACAGGUUUGCAGCCCAGCGUGGCCGGCGCUUCCGGUGCUCUAACGCCUCCACACCGAGGGCAAGGCCUUGCUCAGCAGAGAUAUGCAGCAGCAGCAGCAGCGGACGUGGUGGCAGCUUCCACAGCUGCCGAUGCGAUCGCAGGUGGCCCAGCCGCCGUUGCUGCUGCCAUACUCACCUCGCCAGACGCUCCCCAGCAGGACUCGGCUGUGCCACCGCAGCCGCAGCUGCGGUCACAGCCACGCACCAUCACUGCGCAGGACACCGCCGCAGCGGCAUCAGGGCGUGCCGCAGCAGCCGGCCUCAGCCCUGACCGCGCACAACAGAGGGGCGCCAGCAGCAUCCGUGUCCGGGCUGACGCUGCAGCUGCAGCUACGGCUACUGCUACUGCCACUGCGCCCCUGUCGCCGUCCUUUGGCUCCGUGGUGGCUUCACCCGCGGGCUCCAGCUCCUCGGAGUCGCCAGCGGCCACACGACGCGGCAGCCCGGUGGCUACAGCCCCCGUGGCUAUAGCCCCCGUAGCUACAGCCGCCGCUGCCACAGCCGCCGCUGCCACAGCCGCCGCUGCUGCUGCUACAGCCACAAGCAGCGGGGCGGCCGCUGCUGCAGCUACUCCUGCAGCUGCAGCUGCGAUUUCCAGCAGCUCACCGCAUGCUGUGAUGGCGGCGGCACCGGUAGCAUCGCCGUCAGCGCCGCUGUUAGGGGCGGUCUUGCAGGAUGCGCAGGUCACAGCGGAGGCGGAGGUGGCGGAUGCGCAGGUCACAGCGGAGGUGGAGGUUGAGCUGGCACCGUUCCGUGGCUUCACGCCGACAGCUACAUCGCGGGGCGGAGUCUGGCGGCGGGCGGUGGUCAGCGAGGGCGGCGCUGGCACGGUUGCUGUGCGUGGUGCAGCUCCAAUAAGCAGCGCCAGCCACAGCCCCAGUACCGUCUCCCGCUCAGCAACCGCAACUACAGCCCCUCCCGGCGGUGCCACAGCAGCUAUCAGCGGCGGCACCGGUGCCACCGCGGUACAGCCGGUGCAGCGACUAGCUGUGCUCACGCCCACGCACCUGCAAGCCGAGCUGCGGUCCGCCGAGCUGCGAGGCGUGAAUGAAGCUGCUGACCCUUCCAUGGGCGGCAGAAGUGGCAGCAUCAGUCCGGAGCCGGCGCCGCGGCCCCUGCCGCCGACACUAGCGGCGGUUGUUGCGGCUGCAGCUGCGGCAGCGCCUGUGAUGCCGGAUCCUGGCCGCGCUGUCGGCACUGCUUUAGGCGCCUCCUCUGUCACUGUGGCGGGCCCGCUGGUCUUCAUGGCAGCUGCGGAUGCAUCGCCGGGACCUGCCGUCACUGAGCCUCUGCUUCAGCCGGUGAUGGUGGCGCCGCCGGCUCGGCUACAGCCAGUGCUCAUCUCUCUGGCGCGCCGCUCCCCAUCUCCGCAGCCGCGGUCGCCAGCGGUGGAGCGACUUCAAGAACAACAGCCGCAGCAGCAGCCGCAGCAGCAGCAGCAGGCGACUGCAACGGCUGCGUUCAGCAGCCGACUAGAACACGAGCGCGAACGGCUUCGGGAGCGGCUGCGUGCGCUGCAGCGGCGGCCGGCUGCUGCUGCAGCUGCUCCUAGCACUGCCACUGCUGCCCUCGCACCUCCUGCCGCCCACGCCGCCGCCGCGAUGCCCUGGGCAACCGGCACAGGCUCGGCCAGCGCUUCCGUCACCGCAGCUACUCCCGGUGUGGCGGCAGCCUCGCUGGACGCACCCUCUCCGCCACCUGCCGGCGGCGUUGCAAGCCCCGCGCCGCGCCCACUGGCGCCGCUGUCGGCGGCAGAGCUGCUGGACGCCGCUGGCUCCACCGCCGCCGCCAGCCGCGCCACCACCCGCCAGUCACCCUCGCCCUCGCCUGCACCCUCGCCAGAUCUGCCCGUCUCCAGCACUGCCGCCCCCGGCGGCCACAGCGCUAGCUACGGCGCCGGUCAGAGCUCCCUGCCGCCGGGCGCUGCCAGACUCGCGGCGAUGACGCUGCCACACCGCCCCGGCCGCUACACCUCACCUCCACCUCCACCCUCGCCGCCGCUUCCUCCUGGUGCCACCGCUCUCUCACCAAUGGCGCCAACGGCAAGCACCGCCCCGUACCAUGACGCCCCCGCGGCGGCACCGGCAGCAGUGGCGGCAGCAGGCACCUCCAGCACGGCAGCGAGUGCUGGCACAGCGGCAGCGGCGGGGGCGGCAGGCACCCAGUGGUGGGCAACGCCCACGCAGCUCACCGCGACCUCCUCGGCGCCGUCCUGGGGGCUGGCGCUGGCUGCUGGGGCCGGCAGGGGCGCGCAGCAGCAGCAGCAGCAGGUGCAGCAGGUGCACCCGGGCUGGCUGCUACAGCCACCAUCCGCAUCAUCCGCAUCAUCCGCAUCGGCGUCAUUACCAGAUGCGCCUACAGCAUCAGGGUCCUGGACGCAGGCCGGCAUGGCGCCCGGCGGCCCCGCCCGUGCACAGACAACACCAGCAAGCGCAGCAGCUGUGACGUCCUCAGGGCCCGCGGCCGGGCAGCAGCAGGCGGCUGCGGCGCCAGCGGCUGCCGGGGCCGGGCCGACAUCGAUUGGUGACGCAGGAGCUGGGACGGUUGCGGCUGGAGGAGGAGGGGGAGGAGGAGGAGGAGGAGGAGGAGGAGGAGGAGGAGGAGGAGGAGGAGGCGGGGGGCAAGGAGGAGGGGGAGGAGGAGGCGCGCGCACGGUGCCAGUCACAGGCGAGACGCGGCGGGGCUACGCGACCCUGCAUUUGAGGGGCCGGGGCGCUGUUGCAAAGGCUGGCGAGGGGCGAGGCGCGAGCACGUGAACAAAUGGAGAACAAAGUAGAUGAUAAAUUGAGGCGUGGGGGAGAGACAUGAGAGACGUGCCGAGCCGGGCUGCGUUCGAGUGCGGAAGUCAGUGAACUUUCAGGACACAAAGCACAGUACGGUGUGAGAGGCUUAGACCUGUUGAAGGCCAGCACUGCUGCUGGCUGUUUGAUCGCAAACAGUACGAUGUGCGGACGCUGCACGGGGCCCUCAGCCAAUUGUGAACUGGCAUCAGUAAAUGUGCGGUGGGAUGCAUGCGUGAUAACUGUACAUGAUUACUUUCAUACUGCGGCAGUACGGUAUGCUGGGUUGCCAGUGCAGUUCAAGUCUGUUGUGGCCAGCGCCGCUCUUGCUACAUGCAAUCAGGGCACUGUGCCGACUUGCCAGCAGUACUGUAUCCGGGAGUGGAAUGACGCUACGGUGUGUUCUGCGACGGACACGGUGGCCUGGUGACAGCGUGAGGAGGUGUUUUAUAACCGUGACCGCUCGCUCCCAUCUGCCGCAAGUGUACCUCCAG